AUGGCUUUAGGAAACAAUACCCAGAGAAGUUAUUCCAUCAUCCCCUGCUUCAUCUUUGUUGAGCUUGUCAUCAUGGCUGGGACUGUUCUGCUCGCCUACUACUUUGAGUGCACCGAUACUUUUCAGGUGCAUAUCCAAGGUUUCUUCUGUCAGGAUGGCAAUUUGAUGAAACCGUACCCUGGAACAGAGGAUGAGAGCUUCAUUUCGCCUCUUGUGCUCUACUGUGUUCUGGCUUCAACUCCGACAGCUAUUAUUUUUAUUGGUGAGAUAUCCAUGUACUUCAUAAAGUCAACCCGAGAAACCCUAAUUAUUCAAGAGAAAACUAUUUUGACUGGAGAGUGCUGUUACCUGAACCCACUGCUUCGAAGAAUAAUACGUUUUAUAGGAGUGUUUGCAUUUGGACUUUUUGCCACUGACAUAUUUGUAAAUGCUGGCCAAGUUGUGACUGGGAACUUGGCUCCCUACUUCCUGACUGUAUGUAAACCAAACUACACUGGAAACGACUGUCGAGCUCACCACCAGUUCAUAAACAAUGGCAACAUCUGCACUGGGGAUGUAGAGGUGAUUGAAAAGGCAAGGAGAUCCUUUCCAUCCAAACAUGCUGCUUUGAGCAUCUACUCAGCAUUAUAUGCCACGAUGUACAUCACAAGUACAAUUAAAACAAAGAGUAGCAGGCUAGCCAAACCUGUGCUUUGUCUGGGUACCCUGUGUGCUGCAUUCCUCACCGGGCUAAACCGAGUUUCUGAGUAUCGAAACCACUGCUCAGAUGUCAUCGCAGGCUUCAUCCUGGGGAGUGCUGUAGCUUUGUUUCUGGGGAUAUGUGUUGUCCACAACUUCAAAGGCACUCAUGGAGCUCCUUCUAAACCGAAACCUGAAGACCCACGAGGGAUGCCACUAAUGGCUUUUCCAAGAGUGGAAAGUCCUCUGGAGACAUUGAGUGCACAGAAUCACUCUGCCUCUAUGACUGAAGUAACCUGA